AGUCUCUUUUUCGGAAGGUCUGCUCACGGGACGCGGCUACCGUAGUAAUGUGCUGCCCUUCUCCUUACCGCCAAACGAAGUCGAGCCACUGAUUCUACGCGUUGCGCAUUACCAAUCAACGACACAUCAUCUCUCUCGUUGUCGCUUUGCUGUUUAUUAGCGUUCUCAGCGUCAGCUCUUGAUAGUCCCUUCUAUUAGUAUUAUUCGUUGCAUUUGCGUAUUUGCCGCCUCCCUUCGAUUCAAAGUGGCAGGCGAUGCCCGCGAACGGCGCGCAGUCCCCACGCGGGGCGGCGUUUCCUGUCGCGUCUGUGUCUGCUGCCGCCGCCGAGGCGGAUGCCGAUACGCAGCAGCUGGUGAACCUCGUCAACCGCUUCGUAAUCAGUUCCGUGCAGUUCCUAAAUCGAUUUGCGGAGGAGUGCGAGUCGAAGCUCAUCCGCACCGACGCGGCAUUGCGGCAGCUGGAGCUGCAGACGCAGCUGCUGGAACACAUGCUGCUGUCCAGCGGUGUCGUCUACAGCGAGGGAGAGGACGGUGAGGAGGAGGGCGAGGAAGGGAGGGAGGACGGCGCCGCUUCGACUUCACGCCCUAGCGACGCGGAGGGGGGAAGCGACGACGAAGACAGCGAAGCGGCGUACGCGUACGACAGCGACGACCAUCAACACAGCCGGCGAAACCGCCGCCGCCGUCGCCACCGUUCUCGAGACCGCAGCAGCAACUCUGACAGCAUACGCCGCCUCCCAGCGCCGCCUGGUGCGUACAGAGGCGGCGCGUCCCCGCCAGCGGCCCCCGGUGCCUACCGCAAGGGACCGUCCAUGCCGCCCCCGGGUGCCACGCGUGCGGCAGCUGCAGCGCAGGAGGCAGCCGCAGCCCGUCUGGCCACUCUCGCUAUCGUUGGCGCUCCCGUGUUGCUGCCGCAACCGUCUGAGUCCGGCGAGCCCCCCGCGCCCCCGCCACCACUGGAGCUGCGACCGGGCCGCCUGUCGAUGCGCACCCACCCCAAGCUGAAGGGCUACUAUGAGCUGCUCUCCUUGCGCGUACCGGCUGCGUUUGUGAAGGCCAAGAUGCAGGCAGAUGGCUACCAGGCCGACUGGCUCGACACACCCGAUGCUCCUGCGCCGGCUACGCUGUCAACGGUGGUUCGCGCUUUCGCUGACGAGCCGGAUUAA